CCGGGCGCCCAGCAGCGCCCGACUGGGAAGUAAAGAGCCGCUCUUGCCUUUUCUUUUUCCGCUGGUCUCCCCCCUCUCCUCCCCCCUCUCCCUCUCCGGCGCCCCGCGUCUAAGGCGGAAUACGCUCAGUGUCGACGGCAGCACGGUGGAGCUCAGCGAUGCCACAGAACUGAGGAGAGACUCGUACAAUAUGGAGUCUGGAGAGCGGCUGGCCUCCCCGUCGUCAGCCCAAUCCUCCCUUCACAUGGCCUCCUCUUCAGCCAGCUCCUCCCCAGCCCCUGCCCCUGCUCCACCCCAGACACCCUCCGCCAAGUGCAGCCCGGCCCCAGGCCCCACAAGCAACUCCCCUCUAGCAACCUGUGGCCAUUUGUUCCGGAUGGCUGGCGAUCAACAUUUCAACAUGUCAGGUAUCUCCAGUGCAUUUCCUUUGGUCGGCCAUCCAGCUUUCGGGCUGUAUGCGGGAAACUCGGGCCGUUCCGAGUUUGGAGGCCUGGGGAGCCUUGGUGUGUCUGCUGCCUUAGUUGCUCAUUCCCAGCUCGGUACGUUUCCAGAAUGGUGGCGGGCAUCUGAGGCGCAUGCCAGGGGAGCAGCAGCCUUUUUCCCUCCACUCCUGGGUCUCCCUCCCUUAUUUGCACCACCCUUCCCAAGCCAUGAUCCAGCUCACUUCCAGUCACGGACCCCAAGCAAGAAUGGACGAGCACCUGCCAAAGUUUCAGUAGGAGUAAAUGGAUUGGUGAAUGGUGGCAGUAUUUCUUCCUCCUCUGUUGGAAACGCCACUGAAAACGCCACUCCAUUUCCAGCAAAGGGAACUGCAGAGAAAACCAAAGCUACCAAUGGCAGCAGCGGCAAUCACAACAGCAGCCAGGACAUGGGCCAAGUGCAACAGAAGACGGUUCAGAAAAUGAAAGAAAAGAAGCUCAACAAGAAACUGGUGGACACCUCAAGCAUGAGUGACAGCCAAUCUGGAUCCUCCUCCGAUAGCUUCAGUGAUGGUGAGAGUAGCAGUGACCUCGACGACCUGGAAGCAGAGGAGGAUGACAUUGAUGAAGAUGAUGACGAUCAGAGCAACGACACGGAGGACUCCGAUUUGGAGAAGGAGAGCCAAGGGAAACGGAAAAUAAAGGGACUGACCCAGACCACUGCCGGGAGGAAAGAAACCAGACCGUACGCCGCUGAGGGAAGUACGACUCAAGACACAAAGGGCCCUCUGGCUCGUCAGCUUCGUGACCUGAUUCCUCCAUCUUCCUCCUACCUCUGCUCAUCAUCCUCACUCCCUGCAGCCUUACUGUUCCAGAGCCCCAGGGCCAGAGGGGAGGAAGGCAAGCAGCACACCAGUGUCAUCCAGGCCACAGGGCUGGCAGCCAGCAGCAAGCCUCUGGCAGUGGUCUCGCAGUCCCACAGGGAGACCUCACCUGCACCCCACUCGCCCAAACCAUUCACUGUCGCCUCCUCGCCAGUGCACCUCCCCUUUUCAUCCUCACCCAAACACUUUACCCCAUCUGUCUCGCCAAAGCACCUCUCUCAUUCUUCAUCACCACGACAUAACCCCCUCUCAUCCUCUCCUAAGCCGCUCUCCCUGUGUUCGUCGCCCAAACCCUUGUGCCUCUCCUCCUCACCUAAGCCUCCUUCCCUCUCCUCCUCACCCAAACCACCAACACUCUCGCCCUUACAUAAAACCAAGUCCUCCUCACCCUUACCACCAACACUCUCGCCCCUACAUAAACCCAAGUCUUUGGCAUCCCCUCCCAAGCAUACGCGGCUUGUUGAUGGCAUGAAGGCAGGCGGCAGGAAGUUCCUGGAUGAAACGUCAUUACACAUGAGCAGUUUUAAAUUGAAGCAGCCCUUCCUCCCCCAGGACUCCUUCAACCUGGCUUUCCCUCUGCCACUUACAAACCAGGACUCAUACAAAGGUCACCAAAAGUCAGCUUUCUCGUCAUCGUCACUGCCGCCCCCAAAACUGUCUCCAGAGAUGCCAGGCAGCCACAUGACACCUCCUCCACACAGCAGUCACACCAACUUGUUCCUGAAUCACCACCCGAACGGCAUCGUCCAUGGCGCCGUUCAGGAUGCCCCCUUGGCUCUCAUCACCAAGCCGCGCAGCCACAGCAGAACCCUGAGCAGCAAACCCCUUCUGGCAGCCACCAGCCCUCCCUUCCCCAUGCCGAUCAACCUAAGCACUGGCACCAAGGAGCCCACAGUCUGCUCUGCAACCCCUUCGAAAGCUUCUACCUCACUGGAUCUGGCCCACCGUCCCGGGAAGAACAAGACUCCCAAGCUUGUCCACUGCGAGAAAAGCCGCCUUAAAACCACCGUGUCCCGCCCCCAAGUAGACCUUGUCAAAAGCACAGAGUCUGACAUCCCCAGCAGCAAAGACUCUGACGACUCUUUAGGAGAUGAUGAUGAUGAAGACGAUGAAGACAAUGAUGAAGAUUCUGAUGGCAGCCUUUCGGAGUGGGAGAGUAAUCUGGAGAGCGACUCUGAUGGCUCCGAGGAUGAUAUGAAGGGGCGUGAUGAGACCGAGACAGACACUAACGCAGAGAGGGUGCCCCCUAAACCAAGCAAAGCCUCUCUCGCGUUCCACAGCUCCUCAUCCAGCAUCCUGGACAGCUGCUGCCCCCUCAACCUGCAGGUCAUCAAACCCCCCAGCCUGCCGGCCUUCGCCAUGGCAGAAAAGUCAGCGGCCUUGGCCUUCCACAGCACAACCCCCUCCUCCUCCUCAUCCUUCCCACUCGUCACUCCACCUGGAUCAGGGAAGAGGAGGAGGGUAACGGAUGAGCGAGUGCUGCGACUGCCUCUUGAGUUUGGCUGGCAGAGAGAGACCCGCAUCAGAGCUGUGGCAGGCCGUCUUCAAGGAGAGGUAGCUUAUUAUGCUCCGUGUGGGAAGAAGCUACGCCAGUAUCCUGAUGUAAUGAAGUACUUAUCCAGGAAUGGAAUAACUGAAAUCUCACGGGACAACUUCAGCUUCAGUACAAAAAUUAAAGUUGGUGACUUCUAUGAAGCCAGAGAGGGACCUGAGGGUUUACAGUGGUUCCUGCUGACUGAGGAGGAAAUUAUUCCCAGUAUCAUAGCAAUGGAUGGGAGGCGCAGCCGUCACACCAAGCCUGACUACCAGCAGGCAGGUGAUGGCACCGGGGCCAAGAGCAGGAGGCAUCCUCCAAAUGUUGGUGAAACCAAUGUCCAGGAUGCCAGUGACGCCAAACUUCUCCGUAAACUGGAGGCUCAAGAAAUUGCACGACAGGCAGCUCAGAUCAAAAUGAUGAGAAAGCUCGAAAAGCAGGCCAUGGUGCGAGCAGCCAAGGAGGCAAGGCGGCAACAAGCAAUUAUGGCUGCCGAGGAGAGACGGAAAAAGAAGGAGCAGAUAAAGAUUUUCAAACAGCAGGAGAAGAUCAAGCGCAUUCAGCAAAUUCGUAUGGAAAAAGAACUCCGUGCACAGCAAAUUCUCGAGGCGAAAAGGAAAAAGAAGGAAGAAGCAGCCAAUGCCAAAAUAUUGGAAGCUGAGAAACGAAGCAAGGAGAAAGAGCUGCGGCGACAGCAGGCCGUUAUUUUGAAGAACCAGGAGAGAGAAAGACGCAGACAACACAUGAUGCUGAUGAAAGCUAUGGAGGCCCGUAAGAAGGCAGAGGAGAAAGAGCGUCUGAAGCAGGAGAAGAAGGAUGAGAAACGGUUAAAUAAGGAGAGGAAAUUGGAGCUUAGACGACUGGAGCUGGAAAUUGCCAAGGAGCUGAAGAAGCCAAAUGAAGACAUGUGCUUAGCAGAUCAUAAGGAUCUUCCAGAAUUGUCCCGCAUCCCUGGCCUGGUCCUAACAGGAGCUACUUUCUCAGACUGCCUGAUGAUCCUGCAGUUCCUGCGCAGCUUUGGCAAAGUGCUUGGCUUUGAUGUGAACGUGGAUGUGCCCAACCUGAGCGUUUUGCAAGAGGGGCUGCUCAACAUUGGGGAGAGCAUGGGCCAGGUGCAGGACCUACUUGUUCGCAUGCUCUCCACAGCCGUGUGCGAUCCCGGUCUGCCUCCAGGACACAGGGCAAAGACUGCUUUGGGGGACCACCUGACUAAUGUUGGGAUCAACCAGGAGAAUGUGUCCGAGAUCCUGCAGAUCUACAUGGAGGCUCACUGUGAGCAGACAGAGCUGGCUGAGCUGGCCCUCAGCCUGAAGACCAAGGCUUUCCAGGCCCAUACUCCCUCACAGAAGGCCUCCAUGCUAGCCUUCCUGGUCAAUGAGCUGUGCUGCAGUAAGGCCGUGGUCAGUGAGAUUGAUAAAAACAUAGAUCAGAUGACCAACUUAAGGAAGGACAAGUGGGUCAUCGAGGGCAAGUUCCGCAAACUGAGGUGUAUCCAUGCAAAGCGGACAGGAAAGAGAGAGAACAGCACGGGGGGAGAAGACAGCCAGACCCUCGGCACCCCCAACGCUGGACGCAAACGAAAAAGGAGAGACGGGGACAGUGAAGACGACGAGGACGAAGACGAUGACAGCGAGGACCAGGGCGAUGAUGACGAUGAGGAAGAGGAGGAUGGAGGAGGAGGAGGAAAGAAAGGGAAGAAAGUAGAAACCUGCGAGGAUGAGGAUGAUAGUGACCAGACAACCACCGUGGAGGAACUGGAGAAACAGAUAGAGAAAACAUUCAAGCAACAAAGUCAGGUUAGGCAGAAGCUAUUUGAGAUGUCCCACUCUCUGCGCUCCAUGAUGUUUGGCCAGGACCGCUACAAGAGACGCUACUGGGUGCUGCCACAAUGCGGGGGCAUCUUUGUUGAAGGCAUGGAUACUGGAGAAGGGUCUGAUGAGCUAGAAAAAGAAAGAGAAAGACAAAGAACUUUCCAGGCAAUCCAGGUGAAAGAGGAGCUGCAGGAGGGUGAGGAGAAGCCAGUGGUUGUCAGCCCAGCACGGAGCACAGACCGAGACACUGCCACACCAGAGAGCCAGCAGGGCAACCUCUUCCUCCAGAAACCCAGCUCCUUCUCCAAACUCAGCACGCUCCUAGAGGUGGCCAAGAUGUCCCCAGACUCGGACAACAGUCAGAACAGCUAUUCUGCCAAGAUCCCUGUCACAGCACCUUCCCCCUCCCACCUCAUGGCUCAGACAACCCUACCCUGCAGUUCCCCGGCUGCUCCCUCUCAGCUAGCUCUGGCAGCCAAGCUAGACACCUCUGCGCUGUCUCUCCUCGGCACACCCUACCUCACCAGCAGCCAGGGGAUCACCUGCAGCCCUCAGUCAACCCUCUCCAACGACCAGCUCUUCAGGAUGCUGACUGAGAAGAGUGGCCACUGGUUUAGCCUGCUGCCUCGCUCUCCCUGCGAUGAGUCUUCAGUCACCUCAGGCUCCACCACUCCCGCCCCCUCCUCCUCUCCCCAGUCCUCCACCACCACAAGGCCCAAGUCCCCGUUCUCCCUCUCCCACAGCCCCCUAGUCAGAGGCAGCCCCAGCAGCUCUUCUGGGAUCCAUAAGCAGCCAUUGUCUGCCAUGCAGCAUGUGAAGUCUGGUGUUCAUCAGAUGGGGUUGCCCUUCUUCAGCUGGCCCAGCGGGGUGAUGAGCCCCAACCUGCCCUUCCCUGGCAGUCCUCUACCCCCCAUGCUGGCUCCUGCCUACCAGCAUACUGAGGGUAAUGGCAAUGGGAAUGACAACCCCUUCCUGGGAAAUGGUGUCACUACCAGCAAGUGUGAGACCCCAGAGCCCACUUGCGACAAAGCUCCCUGUGGUGCCCAGUCUCCUGCUGUGGAUGUGGCCAAGACCCAGGACCACCCUUGUCCUCAGCCCAUCCCUGAGGAUAUGCUGUGUGGCUGGUGGAGAGUGUCUGACAUGCGGGAACUGCAUGCUCUGGUCAAGGCCCUUCACAGCCGAGGCAUAAGAGAGAAGGCCCUGCAGAAAACGCUGCAGAAACAUAUGGAGUACAUGGCCCAGGCCUGUGCCAGGAGCAGGGAUGUGGCAGUGAUUGAUGUGGCCGAGCUGGAGGAGCAACAGGUAAACGAGGAGACUGUUGAGAACUGGUGUGUAGAGGAGCAAGCUAUGGAGGUGGACAUUGGCCUGUUGCAGCAGGUGGAGGAGCUGGAAAGGAAAGUCACCUCCGCGAGCUUGCAGGUCAAGGGCUGGAUGCACCCUGAGCCCCAGUCAGAGAGAGAAGAUCUGGUAUAUCAUGAGCACAAGCCCUUCUCCUCCCUGGGUGUGGAGAGAGAGGCCAGCCGGGACAGACAGCCUGGCAAUGUGGUGCGGCGGCCCAACAAUCCCCUAGAUAUAGCUGUUACCAGGCUGGCAGAGUUGGAAAGGAGCAUUGAGCGAAGGUACCUGGAGAGCCCUUUAAGUACCACCAUUCAGAUCAGACUGGAUAAUGUGGGGACAGUCACUGUGCCUGCUCCUGCACCAUCCACUAGUCGUGUUGGUGAUGGUGGUGAGGAGGAUCUUGCUCCAGGGAUGAGACUGUGGCGGAAAGCGCUUGGCGAGGUCCGAAGCGCAGCUCAGCUGUCCCUUUGCAUUCAUCAGCUGCAGAAGUCCAUCGCUUGGGAGCGAUCCAUCAUGAAAGUGUAUUGCCAACUAUGUCACAAAGGGGAUAAUGAAGAACUGCUGUUACUUUGUGACGGCUGUGACAAAGGCUGUCACACAUACUGCCAUAAACCCAAGAUCACCACAAUACCUGACGGUGACUGGUUUUGUCCUGCUUGCAUAGCAAAGGCGAGCGGUCAGUCCCCCCAGAGUAAGAAGCAGCAGAGCCGCGCAGCUGGAGGGGGGAAGAAAGGCACCGAGGUGAAACGAAACAAGAAGCUGUCUGUGCUGGGGGAGCUCUCCGAGGACGACGCUGCCACUGCCAGCCCCAGCACCAGCAUCAGCAGUACCACCAGUAGCAGUAGUAGCGCCAGCAGCGGCAUGCCAAAAAAAGGUACCAAGGAGUCCAAAAAGAGGAAAGGCGAGGAGAGCCCACCCAAAAACCAGCACAAGCAGGAGAGCCCUGCCUCAAGUGCAAAAAAAGCCAAAACAGCAAAAGACAAUAAUGCCAAGGACCUGGCGAUGUGCAGGCUGCUCCUGGCUGAGCUGGAGGCCCACCAGGAUGCCUGGCCCUUCCUCACCCCAGUCAACCACAAAGCUGUCCCCGGUUACAAGAAAGUCAUCAAGAAGCCCAUGGACUUCUCCACCAUCAGGGAAAAGCUCGUCACCAACCAGUACCUAAACCUGGAGACAUUCAUUAUUGACGUCAACCUGGUUUUUGAUAACUGUGAAAAAUUUAACGAAGACCAUUCUGACGUUGGACGAGCGGGUCACAGCAUGCGGCGGUUCUUUGAGAAGCGCUGGACUGAACUGUUGAAGCUAACGUUGUAGAGGAGCUUCAGCU